GCUACGCAGGCGCACUGCGGCCCGGCGCCGGGCUGCGCGAGCGCCGGUUCCCGGCGGGCUCCCAGGAAGCGAGGCGCGCGCCAUGGAACAGCGGUUAGCCGAGUUCCGAGAGGCCCGGAAACGGGCCGGGCUGGCGGCCGAACCCAGCACUUGCAGGCAGAGCGCACAAACCUCGGGAGAGAAGGCGGAAGCAACUGCUACUCCAAAGUCAGCCCCAGGCUGGCUAAGACGGUUCCUGGUGUGGAGACCGAGGCCCGCGAGUGCCCCGGCCCAGCCCGGCCUCGCUCAGGAAGCCGCUCAGCCUGGGAGCAGCACGUCACAGCCCCCACGGAGGACAGCCGUUCCCCCACCGUUGCCGCGGGACCAGUCCUUCCUGACCAGCAUCACCUUCUUGAAGGUUCUUCUCUGGUUGAUCCUGCUGGGACUGUUUGUGGAACUGGAAUUUGGCCUGGCUUAUUUUGUCCUGUCCCUGUUCUACUGGAUGUAUGUCGGGACACGAGGUCCCGGGGAGAAGAAGCAGGGAGAGAAAAGCGCCUACUCUGUGUUCAACCCAGGCUGCGAAGCCAUCCAGGGCACCCUGACUGCAGAGCAGUUAGAGCGCGAGUUACAGCUUAGACCCCUGGAGGGGAGAUAGGAGCAGCUCUGCUGCACGCCUUGGCCCUCCUAGCCCUUGGCCGUGGACUUGUGGGGUUGUUCAGGUGCCCCAGACUAAGGACAGCUUACAGGCUAGUCCUGUGACCGCGCAGUUCUACCUGUUUUCCCUGAUCUGCUGCAGUUUUAUCUUUGAACUUCUCUUUGGUUUUGGUGAAAUUCCCUGAAAGAUACUCACUGUGUAUUUGAUGCAAUUAUAAAAAUUACAUACUGGAGAGGA